UGUUGUAUUGUGCUCUUUUGAAGUUGUUUGGACUAAGAGACUGAUAGAAAAGAGGUGCAUUCUCUAUGACAUCUAACAUUGAAAAUAAUAUUGGGAUAUUAUAAUUCAUUUGAGUCUCGGAGUUAAUUCAUUAAUGCAAAUCCACAAUUAGAAAAGGAAAGUUGUCCAGAAGACGUACAAUGAGGAAUUUAAAUGAUUAUUUACCAUGGAGAUUAAGAAGUGUAGAUUCUUGAGUCACUAAUUAUAUUGAUUGACAAUUCUUGACCACACUUAACUGGAAAUAUGUGUCUGACUUGUCUACACUCCAAUAUUGUGCACGUGCAAUACUAAAAUUAAAACAAUGUCGUAUGGAAAUUCUGAUUGCUUUUCGAAUUCGGACAUGCUCGCUAACUGCAACGGAGAUAUAAAACAUAAGGAAUUAAACUCCAAUCAUAAUGAAAAUGAAAAGUUUCUACCUCAUGACAACCAUAAACGGAAGGACCCUCGUAAUGGUAUGAUCGAAAAACGAAAAGAAAAGAAAGAAAAGCAGAUAGCUAUGAACAAUACAAUGGACGUUGUCGUACAUGUGCAUGAAACAGAUGGUUGCUCAAGGAGGUGGACUAAUCGUGAAAAAUAUUUACUGUGUUUGUGUUCUCUUCUGUUCUUUGCUUGUGUAGCUUUUGUUGUCGUGGCCUUCAUUCGAGAUAGUAAUCAUGUGCCUGUAAAUUAUAAUGUAUGCAUUUCUCAGGAGUGUAUAAAGACAGCUACUUUAUUAAUGGAUGCUAUGGAUACAUCGGUUGAUCCUUGUGCGGACUUUUUCCAGUACGCAUGCGGAAUGUGGAACAAAAAGCAUAUAAUACCGGAAGACAAAUCCAGUUUCAAUACAUUUGAAAAGAUGCUUGAUGAUUUACAGAUACAACUGAAAGGUUUGCUUGAAGAUCAACCAAAUGACCACGAUACGGAAGCAACAUUAAAGGCCAAAACACUAUACAAAUCAUGUCUCAAUACAAGUCAAAUAGAUAGGAUAGGCGACAAGCCUUUACGGCUAGUUUUAGACAGAUAUGGAGGUUGGCCAGUAGCUAGUAAAAGUUGGGAUCCAGACACAUUUGAUUUAGAAUUAGUUUUAGGAAGAAUAAGAAAAAGUUUUGCUAAUGUUCCGAGCAUAGUUGACGCAUGGGUUGCGCCAGAUGAUAAAAAUUCAACACAAAAUAUAAUUCAGAUAGAUCAACCCACGCUGGGAAUGCCAAGUCGGGAAUAUUAUGUGUUCGACCCAAACUCUGAGUACAUUGAAUCCUAUUUGCGGUUCAUGAUAAAUGUUGCAAUACGGUUAGGUGCAGAUGAAGAUACUGCAGUAAAAGAAAUGCAGGAGGUGUUUGAUUUUGAGACCAAAAUUGCAAAUAUCACUAAGCCUCUGAACGAAAGACAUGACACUGGCGCAAUAUACAAAAAGCUUACCCUCAAAGAACUUAUACAGCUUGUUCCAAAAUUUGACUGGAUGAAAUUCUUUUCAGCCUCUCUACCUGUUACCAUUGAUGAAACAGAAGAACUAGUCACAUAUUCUCCAGAGUAUUUGGUUCAUAUGACAGAAAUUUUAGAGAAAGCUGAUAAAAGGGUGAUAGCGAAUUAUGUUAUAUGGAGAUUGGUUAUGUCGUUUGUCCCCGAAAUGACCGGUGUUUAUUCAACAAUCAGAAGUGAUUACAAUAAAAUACUGCUGGGUGUGACCAGGGACAAACCUCAGUGGCAGAAAUGUGUCGAAUAUGUAAACGACAGAAUGGGUAUGGCAUUAGGAGCACUUUUUAUUCGUGACAAUUUUGACGAAGAAAGUAAGGAAACGGCUCUAAAAAUGAUCCACAACAUUCGUGAUGCUUUUAACGAGUUACUUGAACAAAAUCAAUGGAUGGAUAAAGACACCAAAGAAGUCGCAAAGGAAAAGGCAGAUUCUAUGAACGAGAGAAUCGGAUAUCCAGACUUUAUAAAGAAUGCAGAUAAACUAAAUGCCAAAUAUGAAGAAUUGCAUUUUGAUGAAGAUCACUAUUUUGAAAAUUAUCUACAAGUGGAAUUAUAUGAGGCAAAGAAAACUUUAAAAGAUCUUCGAAAUGCUGUUGAUAAGAAUUUAUGGGAUCAAGACCCUGCAGUUGCAAAUGCUUUUUACAACCCGAAUACUAAUGACAUUGUUUUUCCGGCUGGAAUUCUGCAACCUCCUUUCUACAGUGCACGAUUUCCAAAGUCACUUAAUUUUGGAGGCAUAGGAGUUGUCAUUGGCCAUGAAAUCACACAUGGAUUUGAUGAUAAAGGUCGACAAUAUGAUAAGGAAGGUAACAUGAAACAGUGGUGGAAAAAUGAAACAAUAGAAGCAUUCCGACAUAGAGCACAAUGCAUCAUUGAUCAGUAUUCAGGAUAUAAACUAGAGCAAAUUGAUAAAAACAUUGAUGGAAGAAACACACAGGGUGAAAACAUUGCCGACAAUGGAGGGUUAAAGCAAGCAUAUCGGGCAUACAGAAAAUGGGUGAAAGCAAAUGGUGAAGAUUCUAUUUUACCUGGACUUGACCUAUCUCAUGAUCAGUUGUUCUUCUUAAAUUACGCACAGAUAUGGUGUGGUAACAUGAGGGAUGAGGAAGCCCUUCAAAAAAUUAGAACAUCAGUGCAUAGUCCGGGAGCAAUUCGAGUGCUUGGUCCAUUGUCUAAUUCGGUUGACUUUUCCAAAGCAUACAACUGUCCAAUUGGAAGCAGAAUGAACCCUGUAAAGAAAUGUUCAGUUUGGUGAUCAUUCCACGGGAUUCAGCAUCUGACUAUGCACCCGAAACCGGCAAAGGCAGUCAAACUAUUUAUAUACAUUUUUAAAUCCAAGAUUGUUCUGAACUGGACGUGAAUAAGGAGGAACUAUUAAAACACUCUAUAGUCAGUCUAGAUUUGCAAAUAUUUUUGAAGAAACUUUACCGACAUAACUUAAAAGUGAUGAUGUUGAAACAUAUUCCUGGAUGUAUUUAUAUGCAUAACAAAUCUCAGCUGCAGUUCGAUUACAUAAAAGCGUUGUUAAACCCAGAUACACCUGUUAUAAUUGUUUAAACUUACCUCGAUAAAUUUGAUGUACGUUUUUUAUUACAACAUUUAUAUUUAUUUAGUUAUGCCCGAAUACUUAGAUACUUGUGAUA